GGUACAAAAAGAAAUUAUUUUUCGGUUCGUGCACAUAUAAACACGUAACAAUCAAUUGUGUCAAAAACCUCAGCACUCCCAAGCGCAUAAUAAACCAGCCGAAAGAAAGCAGGCAAAACAAGAAGACCAAUAAAUGUCCAAUUAUAAGAUUUUUUGUUUGUCUGUGAUUUUGAAAGGUUUUGCCACUUAGCACCCACUGCCGAACCCAUCGAUAAGUAAUGAUAAUGAUCAAUAGCGGUGGCCAAAUGGUUUCCAACUAAGUGAAAAGAGCCGCAGUUUAAUCGGAAUCGGAAUACAUAGACAAGCCGCACAAGGAUAAGCAGGCACUUGAGCAAACAGAGAGCUGCAUUAAGUAUACGCAGCGCAUCAAGUAUACGCCGCGAUGGCCAAUGGCAAGGCUGUUACAGCUGCCGCGACAGCUGAGAAAAACGGCUCGCUGAACGAUCGGCCAUUGUUUAUGCAAAAUAGCAACGGCGGACGCAUUGCGACCAGCGAUGUGCAAGUCAGCAACUUCCGACGCGCCCUCCCGCAGUUUUUAGCUGUUAGUAUUAAGAACAUAUUGCUAUUCGGAUAUGGCAUGACCCUGGGCUUCCCCACAAUCGUAAUACCCGCCAUUCAGGGAGGUGAGGGACGCAGCGAAGUCAGCGGCGACAUAGUCCUCAACAAGGACGAGAUCUCUUGGUUCAGUUCCAUUAACCUCAUAUGUGUGCCUCUGGGAUGCCUCUUCUCCGGUCUACUCACUCAACCACUGGGCAAACGACGAGCUAUGCAGUUUGUCAACCUGCCGAUUCUGGCCGCCUGGCUGAUGUUUCACUUCUCGACCCGCACGGAACACCUGUAUGCGGCUUUAUGCUUGGCUGGACUUGGUGGCGGAUUAAUGGAAGCGCCGGUGCUCACCUAUGUGGCCGAAAUUACGGAGCCCAAAUACCGCGGAAUACUGUCCGCUUUGGGAACUACGUGCGUCAUCACGGGCGUCUUCAUCCAGUUCAUCCUGGGAUCCCUGAUGGACUGGCGCAGUGUGGCGGCGGUGAGCUCGGCCUUUCCGGUGAUCACCAUCAUAAUGCUAUGCUUUGUGCCCGAGAGUCCGGUUUGGCUGAUCCGGGAGCAGCGUUUCCGGGAGGCGGUGAAGUCCCUCCAAUGGCUACGCGGCUGGGUUCCCGAACACAUGAUCGAGGCGGAGUUCAAUCAGCUGUACGACGAACUGAUCACCCAGAAGGCCAUCGAGCUGUCGGCGGAUGGGGUUCCUCUGCCGGGACAACGUCGCACUUUGGGUCAACGACUGAGGAUGUGGCGAAAGAGGAGCUUCCUGGUUCCCUUCCUCCUGGUCUCCUUCAGUUUCUUCACGGGUCACUUUUCCGGAAAGACCCCGCUGCAAACGUAUGCGGUGCAGAUCUUCCACACCCUCAAGGCGCCGAUGAACAAGUACCAUGCCACAAUUCUCCUCGGAGUGGCCGAGAUGCUGGCCACCAUCCUGGGCGUCGUCCUGAUCCAUUUCACCGGGAAGAGACCCUUGGUUUUGGUCUCAACAGUGGGCACAGGUCUGUGCUUCUUUGGCACGGCCACUUAUGCCCAUUUCCUGAGCGAAGUGCCGGGAUUUACGGUCAACAAUGUGGUGGUCAAUGCCUCCUUGAUUAUGCCGAAAGAGGGGAUCCUUUCGCAGGAGAAUAUCUCCAGGAUAUUUGAGACGGAACAGCAGGCCAUUCGGCAGGAAACGGAGCACUUGACUACCCUCCUGCCGGACAUGGAAACCACUACGUUUGAACCGGAAGUUUAUAACCGCAGUAGGCGGGAUCUGGAUGAAAUGAUGACCACCGAUGUGCCCAUGGACACCACCAUGUGGCCAGAGCCCUCGAGCAGUAAGGUGUCCUCUUCAUCCUUGGCGCCUUCUUCGACCUCGGCCAAGCCACCCAUUGUGGAGGAACUUCUGCUGGUGGUGCCCAAACAGGAGAACAACUACCUCGUCUGGGUGCCGCUCAUCCUGCUGCUCCUCUCCGCCUUCUUCUCCCAUCUGGGUAUCCGAAUGCUGCCCUGGAUCCUUAUAGGCGAAGUCUUUCCCGCCGAGAUACGCAACACUGCCUCGGGAUUCGCGGGCGGAGUGGGUUACAUCUUUGGCUUCCUGGCCAACAAGCUCUUCCUGGUGAUGCUGAGUGCCCUGACCCUGCCCGGAACCUUCGCCUUCUACGCCAGCGUGGCCUUCGUGGGCACCGUGGUCCUGUACUUUACACUUCCGGAGACGGAAGGCCGCACACUGGGUGAAAUCGAGGCCCACUUCUCCAAGAAAUCCGACAUGAAUCUGCUUCGCAAGCAGCCCAGCAACAAGUUGCCCAUCAAGGAUGAAGCCCAGUACCCAGGAGCUGCCAUCAAUGUCCAGGGCAGCUUCCAUGUGCCCAUCACUUCGCAGCAGCAGGCGAAGAUUAUCCAUUUGCAGCAGAGCGACUUUGCGCCCCGGCCCCAAAACGGAAGGACAGCCGGAGUUGGGAUGUCCAAUCCGGCCUUCGAGGAGAGCAACACCACACAUUUGUGAGGGGCUGAAAAUGGAGACUAUGUCAACCGUGUCACCACCUAAACAUCCUUUCCAAGUGCUUAACAUUCCAGUGAUAUUUCUGAGAAAUAAACUUAACUAUCUAGAUUUAU